AGAAUGUACAGAAGUCAAAGUCGUCGGCUGAGUCAAUACAAAAUCCAAUCUUCAGAACGAAGUUGGUUAAACAAACACAGAGGAGGACUCCCAAGAACUACUGGCCGUAAUAUUCAUGGCCAACAUAAUGAAAAGUGGACAUGAAAAUGAGACCGCGGAUGCCGGUCAAUACACUGUCCAAGAGCAAGUCAACAUUGUGGUCCACAAAUGGGAGGAUGGUGAUGUGCGGACCAACGAUGUGAACCAGGUCCAAGUGAAUCUGAGCACGGGAUCGGCGCUCAAUAUGCGACCCAUGGACAAUCCCAUCCACGUUCAUGUGCACAAUAAUUGCUACGGCCCCAGUUUACAUUUAGACCCGGAGGUCACGGCCAAGAUCAUUGAAAAAGAUCUGAGUACACUUCUGAGCGUUUUAAGUCAAACCCGGUGGACCACGGAGCCUGAACCGCCUGAACCGCGGAUUCGGGGACGAAUCCGGCGGUUUUCAAGCCUCCCCGAUUUGGCGGAAGGUUUGGGAGUUUGGGCCGUUGCGCCCAAGGGCGUGGUGGCAGAUGGAUUUCGACGCAAGACUACGCGAUUCCCAGAGGCCAAGACAAAUUUGAGUGCAGGUCAAACGAUCAUUGAGGUGACUAAAUAUCAGAAGAAUCCGACCAAGCGAUCAUGCCCUGAUGUCACGGGUCCGUCUUUAAAGGGCACAAAUCGCGGGAGUGUGAUGAAGGUCUUCUGCGGGGAUUAUCUCGGCUUGGGGCGGUUUAUCAUUACCAUUUUGGCCAUUGCAUUCACUGUCAUUCUCUUGUACUUGCUCACUACCAAAUUGGCUAUGGGCGAGAAGCCGUUACUCAAGUUUGACAGUUCAUCAGGAUAUACAACCACAUAACUGGAGAAAGUGGUCUCAGUUUCACUUAUAUGUAAUAGUUUUCGUCUGUUUUUUUUUGAACAAGUUUUUCAAAUCCAUA